AUGAAGUCGAUACUUUGUAUUUCAGCUUUAUUUUUUAUGUCUCAUCCAGCAUGGGGCACAAACCCACUUCGUGAUCCAUGCGUCUGUACCAAAAUUUAUAAGCCAGUUUGUGGCAGUGACGGCAAGACAUACGGCAGCGAUUGCGUACUCUCCUGUAAAAAUUCAGAACUGCCUAAAUCACACAAUAUUAAAAAAUUAUAUGAUGGUGAGUGUAAAGAACCAUUGCAUCCAUGCAUUUGUCCCACUAUCUAUCAACCUGUGUGUGGUAGUGAUGGUAAAACUUAUAACAAUGCUUGCGAACUGAAAUGUAAAAACGACGAACUGGAAAGAAAAAAUCAACCUUGUGUAGAAGAAGUCAGCAAGGGUAAGUGCAAGUCACCUUGUAUAUGUACUUUAAAUUUGGCACCUGUAUGUGGAGAUGAUGGAAACACUUAUAGUAAUAAAUGUGUACUAGAUUGUAAAAACAAAGAAGAAAAAUGUAACAUAAAAGUAGCUUAUACAGGAGAAUGUUCUGAUUUGUGUCCGUGUCCCGCAAAUUUGGCACCAGUUUGUGGAGACGAUGGAGAAACCUACAGCAAUAAAUGUUUACUAGAAUGUCGAAACAAGAAAUUGAAACGAGAAGGUAAAAAACUAAUUACUAUCGCUAGCAAAGGCGAAUGCCCUGAUAUUUGUGCAUGCACUGCUGACUAUAAUCCCGUUUGCGGAAGUGACGGAAACACAUAUAGUAAUAAAUGUGUCCUGGGGUGUAAAGAUAAAGAACAACAAAGAAAUGGAGGAAAGCCUAUAACAGUAGCAUAUAAAGGAGAAUGUUCCGAUGUAUGUGCUUGUCCAUUGAACUAUGACCCUAUAUGUGGAACUGAUGGAAAAACCUACUCUAAUCAAUGUGAUCUUGAUUGUAAAAAUAAAAAAGAUAAAUCUAACAUAAAAGUAGCAUAUAAAGGAGAAUGUUCUGAUGUAUGUGCAUGUCCAUUGAACUAUGACCCUAUAUGUGGAACUGAUGGAAAAACCUAUUCUAAUCAAUGUGAUCUUGAUUGUAAAAAUAAAAAAGAUAAAUGUAACAUAAAAGUUGCUUACAAAGGAAAAUGUUCUGAUUUGUGUCCGUGUCCCGCAAAUUUGGCACCAGUUUGUGGAGAUGACGGAGAAACCUACAGCAAUAAAUGUUUACUAGAAUGUCGAAACAAGAAGUUGAAACGAGAAGGUAAAAAACUAAUUACUAUUGCUAGCGAAGGCGAAUGCCCUGAUAUUUGUCUAUGCACUGCUGACUAUAAUCCCGUUUGCGGAAGUGACGGAAACACAUAUAGUAAUAAAUGUGUCUUGGGUUGUAAAGAUAAAGAACAACAAAGAAAUGGAGGAAAGCCUAUAACAGUAGCAUAUAAAGGAGAAUGUUCCGAUGUAUGUGCUUGUCCAUUAAACUAUGACCCUAUAUGUGGAACUGAUGGAAAAACCUACUCUAAUCAAUGUGAUCUUGAUUGUAAAAAUAAAAAAGAUAAAUCUAACAUAACUGUAGCAUAUAAAGGAGAAUGUUCUGAUUGGGGAAAGCCUAUAACAGUAGCAUAUAAAGGAGAAUGUUCCGAUGUAUGUGCUUGUCCAUUAAACUAUGACCCUAUAUGUGGAACUGAUGGAAAACCUAUUAAUCAAUGUGAUCUUGAUUCAUAUAAAGGAGAAUGUUCUGAUGUAUGUGCAUGUCCAUUGAACUAUGACCCUAUAUGUGGAACUGAUGGAAAAACCUACUCUAAUCAAUGUGAUCUUGAUUGUAAAAAUAAAAAAGAAAAAUGUAACAUAAAAGUAGCAUAUAAAGGAGAAUGUUCUGAUGUAUGUGCUUGUCCAUUAAACUAUGACCCUAUAUGUGGAACUGAUGGAAAAACCUACUCUAAUCAAUGUGAUCUUGAUUGUAAAAAUAAAAAAGAUAAAUGUAACAUAAAAGUUGCUUACAAAGGAGAAUGUUCUGAUUUGUGUCCGUGUCCCGCAAAUUUGGCACCAGUUUGUGGAGAUGAUGGAGAAACCUACAGCAAUAAAUGUUUACUAGAAUGUCGAAACAAGAAGUUGAAACGAGAAGGUAAAAAACUAAUUACUAUUGCUAGCGAAGGCGAAUGCCCUGAUAUUUGUCUAUGCACUGCUGACUAUAAUCCCGUUUGCGGAAGUGACGGAAACACAUAUAGUAAUAAAUGUGUCUUGGGUUGUAGAGAUAAAGAACAACAAAGAAAUGGAGGAAAGCCUAUAACAGUAGCAUAUAAAGGAGAAUGUUCCGAUGUAUGUGCUUGUCCAUUAAACUAUGACCCUAUAUGUGGAACUGAUGGAAAAACCUACUCUAAUCAAUGUGAUCUUGAUUGUAAAAAUAAAAAGAUAAAUCUAACAUAA